UUUCACUUCAAGCCAAAGCACGAUCUGUCAAUUAUCAUUCCGUCUCUUUCUUCUCGUUGUCCUUGACACUAAACUAACUAUUAUAUAAAUAAAACGACACCGUAAUUCCUUAUUAUAAGACUAACUACAACACUGCUGUCGACCCUUCUCUCGUCGGAUUGCCUCUCCUAUUCCUAAACUUCACUUUGCCGCAGCUUAAUUGCCUUGGUCCACAACUUCUUCUCCACUCAGUCACUCUUUCCUCCAAAUUUUAGUUAACUAUCUCACUCUUUUCAGGAAGAAAUUAAAGUUUUGGCUUGGAAUGAAAUGGAUUUUGAAUUAUAAGGUGGUUUUGUGAGAAUAUAAGAUUUGUGUUUGCGUCGUAUAUUUGUUAGGUUUUAAGAUGGAAGGAAAAAAUUAAAUUAAAAUUCAAUUCUUAAUUGGGUAUAGAAGUGGGUUUUUGAAUUAUAAAGCGGAACAACAGAAGCUUUAAAUUGACUUCACAAACCAAACCCGCAUUUCUUCUCCACUCAAUCAUUCUUUGCUGCGAAUACUAGCUUAGUAUUUCACCCUUAUCAGUUUUGAGAAUUUUCUUGCUUCUGAUCUGUAACCUUUUUCAGAUUCUGAGCUUAAGAUUUCUUGGAUAUUUGCUUAAAAUCUACUUUAGUUUUGGGUUUUAGCUUUUUGCUCUUGUUGCAGGCAGAAAUUAAGCUUUGACUUGUGUAGGGAAAUGGAUUUUGAAAUAUAGGUGGUUUUGUGAGAAUAUAGGAGUUGUGUUUGUCUGUGUGUAUUUGCCAGGUUUUAAGAUGGAAGGGAAAAAUUUUAAUUAAAAUUCAAAACUUAAUUGCGUAUAGAAAUGUGUUUUUGAAUUAUAAAGCUGGUUUCUGUUUGUUUUGUGUUGUUGUAAGGUUUUGUGAUGGAAGGAGGGUCAGAUUACAGCACAUUUCCUCAAGGUCCUAUUGAUAAAACAAAAGUAUUAGAAGUAAAACCUUUUCGUAGUUUGUAUCCUAUGUUACCUUCAAGUCCUGAAGGACCUGCUUUUGUUUGUGCACCCCCAUAUGGGCCUUUCCCUGCUGGGUUUUCGCCAUUUUACCCCUUUAUUGCCCCUCAAAAUGUGUCUCAUGCAAGCCAAAACAACCACUCUUACCAUACACAGACACCGCCUGCAUCAUUUGCGGCUCCCAUUCGGUCAUUUAGAUCACCAGAAAUUAAUCUUUCAGAUGGGUUUAAUGGGGAGAUGGGAUCUUCUGUUGGGAAAAAACGUGGCAAGGUUUAUAAUUUGCAGGAAUCUGGUUCUAGGCAAAGGAAGGCUAGAAAGAGUGAUGUCCUGGAUUUUGUGGCAUCUAGCAGUAAGGAUUUUGUUGUUGGGAUUAGUUCAUACGAGCGAGAUGAGGGUAAUAGGCAAGUUGUGACUAGUGUGUUGAUUAGAUAUGAUGCCCUUAGGAGAAGACUUAGUCAGAUGGAGGAUGCAAAAGAGUCUCCUACUGGGAUUAUAAGGCGUGCUGAUUUGAAAGCGGGUAAUAUAUUGUUGACAACUGGUGUACGAACCAAUACGAGGAAGAGGGUUGGAGCUGUUCCAGGAGUGGAAAUUGGUGAUAUUUUCUUCUUUCGGAUAGAGUUGUGUGUGAUUGGUUUGCAUUCACAGUCCAUGGCUGGGAUUGAUUUUAUGACCUCGAGGGGUGAUUUAGAGGAAGAACCUGUGGCAUUGAGCAUCGUAUCAUCUGGAGGGUAUGAUGAUGAUGCUGAGGAUAGUGAUAUUCUGGUAUAUACCGGGCAGGGUGGAAAUGCCAACAACAAGGACAAGCAAUCAUCUGAUCAGAAACUUGAAAGGGGUAAUCUUGCUUUAGAGAGGAGCUUGCGCCGGGGUAAUGAAGUAAGAGUUAUUCGGGGCAUGAAAGAUGGUGUUAGUCUCAACACAAAGGUUUAUGUCUAUGAUGGACUUUAUAGGAUUCAAGAAUCUUGGAAGGAGAAGGGGAAAUCAGGUUGCAACAUGUUUAAAUAUAAAUUGGUGAGAAUGCCUGGGCAGCCUGGUGCGUUUUCUGUUUGGAAAUUGAUUCAAAACUGGAAGGAUGGUUUGUCAUCAAGGGUCGGACUUAUUCUUCCAGACCUUACUUCUGGGGCCGAGAGCACACCUGUAUCACUUGUGAAUGAUAUUGAUGAUGAGAAAGGGCCUGCUUAUUUUACUUAUUUCCCUAGAGUAAAGUAUACAAAAUCCAGUAGAUUAACUCAGCCUUCUUCUGGAUGUAACUGUCGUAGUGCAUGCCUCCCAGGUAAUCCAAAUUGCUCAUGCAUGCAGAAAAACAGGGGUUAUUGUCCAUAUACUGCAAAUGGGGUCCUAGUAAGCCGGAAGCCUAUGAUAUAUGAAUGCGGUCCCUCCUGUCCAUGUACUCCUAAUUGCAAAAACAGAGUGUCACAAACAGGUCUUAGGGUUCAUUUGGAAGUGUUUAAAACAAAAGAUAAGGGCUGGGCUUUGCGUUCAUGGGAUCCUAUCCGAGCUGGUACUUUUAUUUGUGAAUAUGUAGGUGAAGUCAUAGACAAAGUUAAAUCAAGACAAGAUGGAGAGGAAGGGGAACAUGAUGAUUAUGUUUUUGAUACUACCCGCGUUUAUGACUCAUUCAAGUGGAAUUAUGAACCUGGUUUAAUAGAUGAAGAUGAUUCUAAUCAGUCUACUGAAGAAUAUGAUAUUCCAUUUCCCUUCAUAAUAAGUUCAAAGAAUGGUGGAAAUGUUGCCCGUUUUAUGAAUCACAGUUGCUCUCCAAAUGUGUUCUGGCAACCAGUUAUGUUUGAAGAAAACAAUGAAACCUCUCUCCAUAUUGCAUUUUUUGCAAUGAGACACAUUCCCCCCAUGACGGAGUUAACAUAUGAUUAUGGGAUUGCCCGAUCAGAUGAAGGUAAUAGUGAUACUCACCGGAAAAGGAAAUGCUUAUGUGGAUCACCAAAAUGCCAGGGUUAUUUUGGUUGAUGUUAAAUGUUUUUCAAUUUGUGGAGAGGAAUCCAUGGUUGCCAUGACCUAAAAGUUUCUUUUUCUUUCGGAUGUAGCUCUUGGUUCGAUGUACCAGAAACAGUGGCAGUUAUCGAGUGCAGUAUUACUGAUUAAACAGGCACACAUUUUGUAUUGCUGAUAGCUUAGCCAGGUAGGCCAUAUUCAGCUACCAUUAGAUCCUUUUGCUGAUGGGUGUGUAGCCAGUGAUUGUAACUUCAUAGGCUGCUUAGUGUCUGAGUUUUUGAUGCCUGUAAUGGUAUUUUGACAGCAGAUGGAAAAUUGCUGAAUGUUGUUAAUAUAUGGUAUAACAGUGUCUUCUUGUGAAUUGGAAUGAUUAUUCUGCCCUUAUGUUGAAA